ACUGUUAGUCAGCUGAUGGGAGGCGUAAUUGUGACUGCCAUAUCAACUCUCGCCUUUAUAUAGUGUCGCUGGAUCUGACACUGGCACUCAGAGUCCAUUGGUCGUCUGAUCACUGAGCUCCCAGUAUUCCUGUUGCCCAGGUGUUUGCAAAAAUUCAGCAGGCAUGGCGAUGAUGCGCGUAGCAGCGUUGAUGGUGUUGCUGGUGUGCCUCGUCCAGGGACGAGUGAGACUGUUUGAGCAGAGUGAGGGAGAAAUAUGGGCUGUGCUGCUGGCCGGCUCAAACUCAUACAUGAACUACCGCCAUCAGGCGGACGUGUGUCAUGCCUAUCAGAUCCUGCACCAGCACGGUGUUCCUGACGACCAUAUCAUCGUUAUGAUGUACGACGACAUCGCCAACAGCAAGCAGAACCCGAAUCCAGGCGUGAUAAUUAACCGUCCAAAUGGCCCCAACGUGUACGAUGGUGUUGUCAAGGACUAUACUGGCAAGGACGUUACUCCAGAGAACUUCCUGAAGGUGCUUAACGGUGAUGCUGAGGGCCUGAGCGGUGUGGGCUCUGGCAAGGUGCUGAAGAGUGGUCCCAGCGACCAUGUCUUUAUCAACAUGGUGGACCACGGCGCCCCUGGCAUCUUCGCCUUCCCCCAGAAAUAUCUCUACGUCCAGAACUUUACCGACACUAUCCUUAGCAUGCAUCGCAACCAGCAGUUCAAAGAGCUGACCAUAUAUCUGGAAGCCUGUGAGUCUGGAUCUAUGUUUAAGGACAUCCCUGAUGAUAUUAAUGUGUAUGGUUUAUCUGCCUCCAACGCUGUUGAGUCAUCUUACGCCUGUUACUUAGUUGAUGAAUUGCAUACCUUCGUCGGUGACGUCUUCAGCGUUAAGUGGAUGGAGGACACUGACAGGGAGGACACCAUAAAUGAGACACUGCUGCAGCAGUUCCUCAUAGUGAAGAAAGAGACGACAACCUCCCACGUGCUCCAGUGGGGUGAGAAGUCCCUGGAUCAGGAGGUGACUGGGGCAUUCUUGGGCAACAAGGCUGCCGUCGCUGACGACUUUGGUCCCUUCCUCUCUCUGAAUGACCCAUGCUUGCAAUCUUCCAUCCGCAGCGAAGACGUGCCUCUGGCCAUCCUGCAAAACAACGUGAACAAAGCCAAUGGUCUCACUGGCGCAGACUUUUGGAAGCAACAGGUGGAUGUGAUGCAGCAGAACCGCACCUUCGUGAAGGAGACGAUGAGGAAGAUAGUGAGGGUGGUAACCGGUGAUGAUGCCAUCACAGAACAGAUGAUGACCAACACACACCAGGAGAUCCACGAUAAUGACUGCCACCAGAGCUCUGUCCGCACCUUCCAUGACCUUUGCUUCAACCUUGGGCUGAACCCAUACGCUCUGCGGGUGGUGCACGCCAUGGUGAACCUGUGUGAGCACGGCUACACAGCUGACCAGUUCUCUUGCGCUGCCCGAGCGGUCUGUGACUUUGACCCCGUCACUGGCAUCAACUAACCAACUCGUCAGCAACCCCAGUGGCUGAGCAGAUGAAUGACUGACCGUCUGCUAUCCCAUCACCAGCAUCACAUGAACAAAAGGCACAGUGUUACUUAACAAGCUUUUUUUUUUUUAGGAACACUUUUCCCUUAAGUAGAGUUUUGUCAAGUCAAGACAUGAUAAAGACAUGUCCUGCAACGCAUCUAUCCAAUACUACUUUCGUCUACAACAUCUGGAUCUGUCAAACGACGAAUUCAGCAACAGCUCCAGUAGGAAUAAGAGACUGUGGAUAAUGUACCAAUUAACAUGUAAUAUAGAUCUUAAACUUGCUUGUCAGAUAUCUUUAUAAAAAUCAAUAACUAUUUAAAACGAUGGAAACUGUGGCCUCGGGCUGGGCAGCCAGAACAGGAAAAACACGGGAAGCUGUUCACAGAUCUGUUAGUUAUCACCGGUACAAGCUAACCCAGGCAGAGGAAAUGAAACUAAAGGGUUCCCUCUUCAUUUAUUAUAUGUCAUAUAGAAUUCUUCAGCAGACAGUUAUAGAUCAAUAUACACAGAGCUCCUCUUACCCUUCGUUUUAUUUUGUCUGUGAUUAAUGGCUUGUCCCAUUGUUAUGUCUUUGUUAUACAUUGCAUUUAAACAUAUUGUUAAUACUCGAUAAUAAAACUCUCAUCAUUUU